CUGUACUUUUUUUUGCAGAUGUAGCGUUAACAGACUGAAUUUUUGAAAGAGGAAAGUGAGCAUAAUUUUCAUUAGAUAUUUGUUUCGCGAAAAGUGAUGUACACUUGUACACUCUACUUGUACAACCCAUUUUGGGUCGCCGGAAGCUAUUGCAAGUCUCAAUCUAAGUGUGGACUCGAUUACUGGCGUCUAUGUUACUGUAGAACCAAGUUCUGUUGGUUCAAGCUGAAACGUGUUAUCAAACACUACAGCAAAUAUUACUUCGUUUAUGUGUGGAUGAGACACCCAUGCGGAUGUGAAUGCCGUGGCAAGAAGAAGCAAAAGCCAUACAUUCCUCAUCCAACUAUAUACCAUCCGCCCACACCUCACACAAUUUAUCCGGAUUUACCAUACUAUCCGGAUCAACCUUAUUAUCCGGAUACAGACCACCCCUAUCCACAUGGUCCCAUUUGGUAAUGAGGAUCUAUGACUAUGGUUGUAAAUGAAGACAGUUCAAUAAUGUUGGAAUUCUUUUUAUUUUGUUUUGUUGAUGGGUUUGAAGUGCCACCGUGAGGAUGUCGCUGCUGGAUAACUAGUAUAUAUUGGUUCUUCGCGUCUUCCUCCACCUUGGAAUGUGAUUUUAAACACUUUAUUUUCAAUUCAGUAUAUUUAGUGCAUAUUUUAGCACGGAGAAAAAAUAAAUAAAAUACUGAUUACUGCUCAAUUAUGGUGA